AUGGUAUCCAUUUGUUAUAAAGAUUUCGCCGGUGAAAAAUGUAAAAAGUAUAUUUUGAGAGGAGCUCGACGCUACUGUAAAGAGAUGAUGAAACCGUCAGACGAAGCAUAUUGUUACGAAUUAGUACCCUCAUUGAAACCCACCACUACAACUGAAUCGACAACUACAACUACAACAACCACAACAACCACCACUACAUCGGUGCCUACAACUCAAAAAAGUAACACUGGAAUGCUGAUUGGUAUGUCUAUCGGAUUCAUCGUCUUGCUUCUCGUAAUCGGUAUAUGUUGGAUGCGAUGUUGGUUGAAGAGAAGAAGAGCUCGUCGAAACGAAUUGACAAUCGCUGAUGGUGGAGAAACAGGUGCUAAUGGUGGAAAGAAGAAAACAGGAAAAGGGACAACAACCGGAACUACAAAAACUACAAAAACUGGAAAAACUGGAAAAACAAAGAGAACUAAAGAAACUACGAAGACUGCUAACUCAACUAUGGUCACACGGAAGAAUACAAUUGUCUGUGUUGGAAUUCGAAUAUUUAGUGAUUUAACGGCUGGAAAUUACACUAGAGCUCAAGCGUUGUGCAAUGGAAACGGAGGAUACAGUAUCACAGGACCCAGUAAUUCGACAGAGUUCGCGUUUUUCCAAAAUCUUUCGAGAACAGCCCUCGCUCCACUGACUCCGAUUUCUAAUAAUAAGAACAGUGUCUGGGUUGAUGGUUACUGUAAUGCCACUGGUGAAUAUACCUUUGACGAUGACUCUCAUGAAGGGUCGGGCGGAUAUCAAUUCUUUACUGGAGAGCCAAAUAAUGGUGCCACGGCUGCACUAAUGCUCUAUCAACAAUAUCGGCUGGGUGAUGUUGGGUAUGGUUCCACUACUAGUUCUGGAUAUGCCUUCCGUGGUGCAUAUUGUCGUUUGAAGGAUGUUUUGGUUUAA